AUGAAAGCCAUUGUCUGUGUCGCUCUAAUUGUGCUUGUUGGCUCGAAUGAAAUCUCUAGGUUCAGAGGUAAGCAAGUGAAAAAAUUAUGAGGUUUUAAAUGUCGGCAAAAAAUUUUUUUACUUUUUAAAACUUUAGAUUCUUGAAAAAUUGGGGUACCUACAAGUGAGGAAUCAAAUUAUUUUUUCAGCAAGAGACACUUGCUUUUCACAGGGGAAGUACCCCAAGUGCGACGCUCAGAUUUUGAUGAAACUUGGCACAAAUUUAGAAUAAUUUUUACUGAACAAUAUGCCAGAAUUCUGGCUCGCGCUUUGCAGAAACGGCCGAGAUUUUUAGACCGAAAAGUUGGAAGAAUGUGAAAAUUUUCUGCGAAUUUCGGAACAAAAAGUUUCGUACCUAUUUCUACCGUAGAGGGUAAUGUUUCCACAAAAAAUCAUUUUUUUCCGCGCGAAACUGGCAAAGAUACGGUCAAAAAGAGUUUCCUCUCUGACCGCUCUCCGCAUUUCGCGUACUCUCUCAGCAAGAUUGUUCAAUCUCUCAGUGGCCCGUCCAAUCAGCGAGCUAAAACUUUCAGGAAUUGAUGUUUGGCCUAUGCUCGACUUGAAUGCAAAAUUUUUAAAAAACUGAGCGUCGCACUUGGGGUACCUUCCUUGUCAGUUACGCAAUAAGGAUAUGGGUUUCGAUUGGAUUUUCAAUUUGAAAAUUUAGGUUAGAGACGGGAAAUUCCCAUUUUUUACUGAUUUUUUGGUCAAAAGUGUCGUUUCAAGUUAAAUACUAUAGUUAAUGGUUGCUAAAACAGCAUUUUAAAGAACGGUUAUGGCUUAUGAAGCAGUGUGUGAGACACGACUGAGCAAUUUUCUUCAGAAUUUGACCUGUUUUUGACGAAAAUGAGGUUUUUCCAAAAACAGCGGGGGUACUUGAUCCAGUGGCAAAAAAUGUGCCAUUUUGUACCCUGGAAGUAUCAAAAAAAUGUGUAAAAUACCUCCCUCUCCAAGUGAAAAAACUCCGAUUUCAAAAGCGCAUCCGCUCUUUUUGUGAAGCCCUUCAAAACGAAGUUUUUGUUUUUUCACUUGGAGAGGGAGGUAUUUUGCCACAUUUUUGAUACUUCCCGGAUGCAAAAUAUCACGUUUUUUGCCACUGCAUCAGGUCCGUCACAGUAAAAACGGAUGCGCUUUUAAAAACGGUGCUUUUUCCACUUCUAGAGGGAGGCAUUUUGCCACAUUUUUGAUACUUCCCGGAUGCAAAAUAUCACGUUUUUUGCCACUGCAUCAGGUCCGCCACUGUAAACGGGCGCUAUUUUUUAAUAUUUAAAACAUCGACGAAUUCUCCCAGCUCUAUAUAUCCUUUCAGAAUGGCACUGCGGCGACGAAGACCUCUACGCGAUAAGCACCGACAUAAUGCGCCAAUCGAAUUCGAUUGUCGAGGUCUACGAACGUGUGCAGGAUGCUCUGCGCUUGUAUCGAAGAGGACAAUGGAACAUUUUCGCGUCGCAAUACGCCCGCUCCGAGGCGUCGUUCAUUCAGAUCCUGGGAGGGGGCUGGGGACACGCGGCCAACGCCCGACUACAGAACCCCAACCUCUGCAUGAUCCUGUACUCGGGGAAGGCGUGGGUGUUGAUGGUGGCAAAAACCGACGACAGCAAAUGGAAUAAAGCAAAAUUGGAAGAGUAA